UAUGAUUUCUCGUCUUGAGAUUUUUAAGAAAUGUAUUUGGUACGGGAUGUUUCUCGCCCUGCUCAGUAUAGCUGUUAGUCAGCUCAAGGAUUUAUAUGUUGGUUGGGAGGACAGACCCUUUGACACUGUAGUUGAGAAUGUUCCAAAACAAGAUAUUCCGUAUCCAAGUGUAACUAUUUGCCCAUCAGGAUUAACAAUUUGGCCAGGCAUUCGAAUGUUCCUUAAUGAAAUGGAAUUUAAAGAUGAUUAUAAAAAUAGGCUAAAUCAAUCAUACAAUACUCUCUUAAGACUUAAAAUUGAAAACGUGGAUGCCACUACUAUAAAUGAUUAUGAAGAAUGUCAACAUUUGAAAUUUUAUCUACAGAACAGGAAAUGUAUGUGCCCAAGUCAGAACUAA